AUGGCCGCCAAGAUCACUCUUCUCUUCAUCGCCACCCUCGUCGCCGCAGUGGUGGCCCAGGACCCGACCUCCUACAUCACCGCCUACCCCGCCCGUUCUGUUGUAGGGUGCGGAGAUUCGCCGUUCAACCUGACCAUGCAGGCGUGGCAGGUCGAGCCCUGCACCUACGUCAUCAAGUACUCCAUCUACGGCCGCCCGGGCAUUUCCGACUUUGGCUUCAGGUCGUCGUCGGGAGGCAACGGCAACACCUGUACGACGGACGGUCCCUACGGGGGCUGGACCGCCGACGGCUCGAUGGUCAAGAUCGACGAAACCAAGGGCUGCGACCAGCAGGCCACCUUCUACGUCAAGGCCACCCUCACCACCCUCAUCACCACCGGGUCGACGCUGGCGUUGAAGGCGGGGAGCUACUGCUGGACGUGCGAUAAUGCGCCCUACGGCUUCGGCCCGGCCACAUCGUGCACGUCGCCCUCGCCCACCGCCUCGUUGUCGCCCUCUCGCACCCCGUCGCCCUCCACCGUGCCCCCUUCGGCCACGCCCUCCAUCUCCGCGUCGCCUUCCCGCCCGGCCACGCCCUCCAUCUCCGCCUCGCCCUCGUCCGCCGUGUCUCCCUCCAUCUCCGUGUCGCGCACGCCGUCGCCCUCCGUCUCGGCCACGCCCUCCAUCUCGGCCACCGCCUCGCCGUCGACCUUCAUUUCGCCGCCUUCGCUCCCGCCGUCGCCCUCCGGCUCGCCGUCGGCCGCGCUCUCGGUGUCGCCGUCGCCGCCGAUCCUGUCCCAGUCGGAGGGCGGCGCGUCGAGCGGCGCGAUCGCCGGUGGCGUGGUGGGCGGCAUCGCCGGCGUGGGCGCCGCGGGCGCAGUGCUGGCCGGCGCGGGCUACCUGGUCCACCGCAUGAUGAACAAGCCGCCGGCCCCGGCCGCCCUCACGUCGGCCUUUGACGGCGUCGCCGACAACGCAGGCGGCGUCAAUGCGCUCUUCGUCGACCAGGCCUCCAUGCAGCCCAACCCGCUCUUCGCCGAGGUGCCCUAA